CAGGAAAGUGGCAACUAUGCUGAACAACUGCGGUAGAGAUGAGGGCGGUGGGAUGUGGUGCAGCUCCUGUGGGAAAAGGGUGUGUGGAGGAGUGUGGGAAUCCAUAAAAUCAGAGGGUUUUGGGAAAGCUGCAAAAGGCAGGCCGCAGAGACAGCAGAACUGCGAUUAGAGCUAAGCAGUAACUAUAAAAUAAGUUAGCAGAAAAAUUAUGUAAAAAGUAGAAAAGUAUGGACAAAUGGAACAAUGGUCUGUGUAUUAACACUUGUCUAGAAUAAAUCCCUAAGCUGCAGAAAAGUAUAUCUAGUGGUAUAUUAGGAAGUUCUAACCUUAAUAAUGGAGCUCUGUGCAUUCUGUUUUAAGUCUUACAAACAGGUAUUGUAUUAGAAAUCAGCAAACAUUGUUUUAACUGAAGGGAUGUGUGCUUAUAGUGGUUGGAUAGAACUACCGUCAGUAUGCUUUUGUUUUGUGUGAUUGGUAAAAAACCUAUAAGGUAAGUUGUAACAUUAAGUUCUUGGUCUGCUGGCUGGGAUGUGAGCUGCUGGUGUCUUCCCAUUGCCAUAACCAUGUAAUGAGACUGAUGCUGGAAAAUAAAAUGGCUCAAGGCACAUUCCUCGCAGUCCCGUCUCGCUCGUGAUUUGUACAUUUGUACAUAGGCCCCGGCCGGCCACAGAGGAGGAGGGAUGGAUUAGAGGGGAACAGGGCAGCAGGCAGAGACUGAAUGGGGGUUGCUUGGUGGGGCCGGCAAGCAAGCAAAAAGAAAGGAGGAGGGUGUUUGGGGAGACAGGAAACUGGAGGAGAGCAGACAGGAUGUGUGGACAGGUGGACUGUUGGCUCCAAACUGUUCCAUCUGGCACAUGGAAGUGUCUGGCGCUGGAAAAAUAACUGGUGAGUGGCUAAAACCAGCUCUGUUCUUGCCCCUGAAAACACAUGUUUCGAGAAGCUGCUAGGUGAGGAGAGGUGUCUGCUGCUGGCCAGAGCUGAGAUCAGAAAGAACCUGAGAAGUGUCAGGGCAAAGAUGAGAUUCCAGGAGUUCUACCCUUUCCCACCUCGUUUUUGCUCCAGAAACUGUCCCUCACCUCCUAUAGGCAGGUGUUCAUCUGCUGGCUUCCUGUGUCAUGCCAAAUGGUACAAGAUGGAUUCAGUCCUCCCUUGGGAGCUCCAGGGAGUCUGGCUCCAUCACAGCUCCUGGCAUUCCAGGUGGGCCUUCCUUGGCUUCUGGCAUGUCACCUACAGGGACCAGGGAAGCUGAGAUGGGUUUGGGAGGGAGAAGACAUGUCUACCUGAAAAGUGUCUCAUGUUCCAUAGUGUUGCCUUAUCUCUCUUUUCUCCUUCCUGGAGCUGACAUACCUGGGGGUGCAGCAAACUCUACUUUGGCUCUGGGUUUUUGAAACAAAACCUCACAGUUCUGGUUCAGAGCACCUCCCAUCUAUGUCCUUCCUCUUCACCAUCCUUCUCACUUUAGUCCAGGUUUCCCACCCUCUGACUGCCAGCCAGCACUGUCACCUUCCUUUGGAAUCUGUGUUUUUCCAUGCUUGACUGCAUGGUGCAUUCAGGUAACAUGGCUUAGGACUGUCCAUCAUAACCUUGACUUUUCAGUUGCUGCUGCUAUUAACCAUAUGUGCUCAAAUGGAUGGAUUUGUGCCUCUAGGUAGAUUUCUCCUUUUCUUUUUCUUGGCAUUUUUGCUGCCUAGAGGGUGAGGCCCAGCUCCAGUGUUGCUUGUGUCUAGGCAGUACCUGGCUCUUUGCAGCCUGGAAUUGCAGACUCAUAUUAGUUACAAAUCCCAUGAAAACUGUGGAAAAGCAAAGACAUUUUUUCAACAGGGAAUAGCUACUCAGGUACUGCCACAAGCAGAGUUCUGACCAAGAAUUAAUUUGCUAUCUCAGGGUGGAUGCACCUCAUGCUGCAUGGCCCGUCUGGCCAAAUGCAUGCAUACCUUCCUUUCCAAAAUGUUCGGGUGCACAGAUACAUAAAGACUUGUGAACAGAAAACAACAGGCAAACAGAAUUUCUGUCUCUAAUACUCUCCUCUGGCUGUCUGGUAACUCUGGAAGCCAGUGAUCAGGCAAGCCUGGUCCUUACUUCUUGUCACAGUCUAAGGCAGUGCGUAGGGGCAAUGGUAGCACAACCAUACUUCAUAUCUCAUAUUUCAGGAAGAACUGAGGAGUUAGGAAGAACCCAUGCAGAUUUCUUGUGUGUAGAACAGUAGUGGAAAAAGCAAACUCUCUGAGUUGCUGCUGGUGGCCUGCCUGAGAGCUGGGGAUGCAGUAGGCUGCAAGGCCACAGAAGCAUGAAUAAAUUGAUAGGACACUACAAGAAUGUCACUUGCAGCAGCAAUGUGACUUUGAACCACACUUAUAUAGCAGCUUUUUCCUUACAGCAAGAUGAAUAAUCUGGUAAAAUUACAGCUGCCAGUUAUCAGUCCUCUGUGAGGACCUUAGAUAAGGCAAAUCUGAAUCACAAAACCUGUGACUGUACCAAAAUCUGGGUGACUGCAAGAAGUGUACCCAGUGUUGCUGAAAAAAACCCCAGGCUUCCCAUAUAAAAGUCAGCAAGCAAUUUAAUAGCCAGAAAGAAAUAAUCAAAGCAGGAGGAGUUUUUGGGUUGGGGGCAAGCUAUAAGAAUUUUGCAUACCUCUUCCUUAAACCCGAGAAGUUCAGGAGAAAACCUCCUCUUUCGAGCGAUAUGCCAAAGUAACUCUCAUUUGAGAAGAAACAGAGAAGAUCCUGACAAUCCUUCAGCAGAGGAGUGCCAGGGGGAUGGGAAAAGAGGAACAUGCAUCCCUUUUGAUUAUCAGCAAUUUCUGGUGAUUACCACCAAUUUCUGGUGAUUUCUGAAAGGAGCCUUGUGUGAGGUGUCACUGGGGAGGACUGACAGAGGUCUGACUACAGAGAAGCUGGCUAAAUAAUCCUCACUCCCAUUGCUAACAAGACCCUGGGGCAACAUUCUCUGUUAAGCUGCGCAAGGACUUGCGUGCUGCUGCCUGUGAUGUUUUGUGUAUGAGAUACAAAUUUAGAAAUCAGCGUAGUUUUCUCACUUACUUGUUACUUGGUUUUUUUUGCCUCCCAAAUCCAUUUUAUAGCUUCAGAACAGCAACUGUAGCAUGGAAUAAGCUAAAUUAAGUCUGUGGGGAGUCUGCCUCUACAACUGAUAUAGCUGGAACAAACAGAUAAUCUUUAAGGCAUCUGAUUUAUCUUUGGUUCUGAACUGCAGCCUGUUUUUUUUUUUUCUUCCCAGCUGUAAUCAGCAGUAGCGUAAAAGAUAUUUUUCCUCCUUAAAAGACUUUCUUCUUGCGUACUCCUAGACCGCAGUGCUUAUAGCCAUGUUAAUACUGCCACAAAGAGAUCAGUCAGAGUUUAGGACCCAGAGCCCUGUUUAAGGCUUAUAGGAUGUGACAGCUGACUGAAAAUCAAUGAAGUGUGAUUUACCAAGCGUCAUAAUGAGGGCAAGAUAAGGCUAGAAAGGUGCUGCCUUGCCUUGCAGACUCAACUGUCUGCUUCGAUUUUUAACUAGAUUGUUUUAGUCCCUGCAAAGAUGAGACUGAUUUGCUAAUGAAGACAGAAGAUCAGAUUUAAAGGAAAAGCCACGGUGGUGCCCAUGCUUUGCCUAGUGCUCAUUGUGCUGUGUCUGAGCCACUCAGAUGUGAAUGCCUUCAGUUCAGUUGCUGAAAAUGAGGAUGCGCUCCUCAAGCACUUAUUUGAAGGCUAUCAGAAAUGGGUCCGCCCUGUGGAAAACUCCAACGACACCAUCAAAGUCCUUUUUGGGUUGAAGAUAUCACAGCUUGUGGAUGUGGAUGAGAAGAAUCAGCUGAUGACAACCAACGUGUGGCUGAAACAGGAAUGGAUUGACCACAAGCUGUCCUGGAAUCCAGAUGAAUACGGUGGGAUCACUGCUAUCCGGGUCCCCUCUGAGUCUCUGUGGCUUCCCGACAUCGUUUUGUUUGAAAAUGCUGAUGGACGUUUUGAGGGAUCCCUGAUGACCAAAGCCAUAGUGAAGUACAAUGGAGUGGUGACCUGGACACCACCGGCCAGUUAUAAGAGCUCCUGCACAAUGGAUGUGACCUUCUUCCCCUUCGACAGGCAGAACUGCUCCAUGAAGUUUGGGUCGUGGACAUAUGAUGGCAAUAUGGUGGACUUGAUUUUAGUGGAUGAAAAUGUAGACAGGAAAGACUUCUUUGAUAAUGGGGAGUGGGAGAUCUUAAACGCCAAAGGUAUGAAAGGCAACAGGAAGGAUGGGCUGUACUCUUACCCAUUUGUUACUUACUCCUUUGUAUUGAGGCGCCUUCCAUUGUUUUACACUCUUUUCUUAAUAAUCCCUUGCCUGGGAUUGUCUUUUCUAACUGUCCUGGUGUUUUACCUGCCUUCAGAUGAAGGUGAAAAGCUUUCAUUGUCAACGUCAGUUCUAGUCUCCCUCACUGUUUUCCUUUUAGUGAUUGAGGAAAUAAUCCCUUCUUCUUCCAAAGUCAUCCCACUGAUCGGUGAGUAUCUGCUCUUCAUCAUGAUUUUUGUGACCCUCUCUAUCAUCGUGACUGUGUUUGUUAUCAAUGUCCACCACCGAUCCUCAGCAACUUACCAUCCCAUGGCACCCUGGGUUAAAAGGCUCUUUCUCCAGAAGUUGCCUCGUCUGCUCUGCAUGAAGGCCCACGUAGAUCGCUACUCGUUCUCAGAGACUGAAGAAAAGGGAACCACCUCAAAAUCAAAGUUUCUGGGGAAGCAGAAAUACAAGCAAGCAAAAGACGGAGAAAAAAUUGUUAUUGCCUUUCUGGAAAAGGCAGCUGACUCCAUUCGGUACAUUUCCAGGCACGUUAAAAAGGAGCAUUUCAUCAGACAGGUUGUACAAGACUGGAAGUUUGUAGCUCAAGUCCUGGAUCGGAUCUUCCUGUGGUUAUUUCUGGUGGUGUCAGUGACAGGUUCAGUUCUCAUCUUUACCCCUGCAUUACGGAUGUGGAUGAACAACGCUUUGUAGAAAACACUCAGUAACAUACAAGUGUGGUGUCAAGGGACAGUGGUGCCUUGUAGCUUGGUGUCUGCUGUACAAGACGGGAAGCAGCAGCAAGAAUGAGGGAAAGUGAUGAUGACAGUGGGCAUUUAUUAGUGCUUUCCAUCUUAAUAAUAACUCUACCAGUUAUAGAUUUUGCUGAAAUCAGAGAAGAGCUUGGUGUGCAGCCAAGGCCUAAAGUGAACUGGGGUUGCACAAUUGAGUUAUCAUUAUUUUAUUGUUAGCUUGUUUGUAUUACUGUAAAAGACAAGAUUAUUAGUUAAAAUUGGAAAUAGAAGGUGUUGCAGAAUCAUGAUAUUUAAAAGGCAGAUCUGCCAGUUAAAAUGCUACUUUGUAAAAGAAGUUACAGUAGGAACACAAAUCUCUACUCAGUUUAUCUGUGUUUCCAAUUAAAAAGCAGUGUAAGUGUCUACAGUCUGCUUUAUGCAUGUGUCAGAACUGGCAAUUGCAUAGCAUGUGCAUCAGAAAAAAAUAUAAAUUCUUCUUAGAUGGGAUGCUGAAAACCUUGACUGUUUAGCCUCACCUUGCUGUAGGAUCAGCUCCACAGCGGCGGAACCUAUCUCUGCCCACCUGCUACCAGCCUUUAUGGAUGCACGCUUUGUCUCUCACCUCAGCCAUCAGGAAGCUACAAGGUAUUGCCCACUUUGCAGUAUUAUUUGCAAUUUUGUUUGCUGCUCUGUAGCGUACCAGAAGGCUGACAAAGUGAGGAUUUUUCCCCAUGCUCCACAUUUAACUAUUAUUCCUUCACCUGCUUGUUCACAAGUGGGAGAUCACCUAAGUGAAGGUGGCUGUGCUAUUCCGUAAGGCGAGAGUGAUACUCCUGAAAUGUUCAGCUGGAGGGAAGCUGCAGACAUCUGUUUUGGCAGAUGAAAGUUUUGGUAUUUGCAGAAGUAGGGUUUCUCUUGAGAGCUAUGGGGUGGACUGGUCACCAGGAAGAUACAUUUUUAGCUUUUGGCUUGUCCAUGUUUCCUAGGCAAUUCAGAAUUUCAUUCCUUUGAUUAAUUUAUUAUGAGAUCCUUUUGCAUGAUUAGAAACAGCUCUUAAAAGUGUUAAAUAAGUAAGAUAUGACAGAAAACACCCAGGUGAAACUCUUCAACACAGGAAUGACACUGUCACUACUUUUGCUGGGGCAGUGUUUUCCAACACGGGGUGCUUUAGAAAAUCCCAUUCAGAACUUGCAAAUAUUUUCAGGGUUAGCAAAGGAUUUGGAGAUCCAAUUUUUGACAGUCUAAAUAUGUGUUUAAGUUUUAGCUAGCCUUGAAACUGUCUCUCUAGAGAUAGAGGUUAGAAACUGUUAAAAUACAUAGAGUGUUCUUGUGCUUGGAUUGUGCAUGCACAGCAGACCUCCAUGAGUUAAAUGUAAUCCCAUCAUGUUGUGUCAAUGCAGAAACUUCUGUUCAAUUGUGCAAUUAUUAUUAAUAAAGAUGUAUUUAGUAAAUGAUUCCUGGGGUGUCCAUACACUGGGGUUUGCUGUUGGUUUGUUGUCAACAAUGGGCUGUAGCCCAUUUUAAAAGUUUUGUCCCAAAUGUAUUCAAACUGAGGGGUUUUCAGGUUCUUGGAAAGUCCUUAUUACUUUUCAGCUCUCUCUGUGAGUUUGAGCAAGAAGCAUUCAGAUGUGGUUAUUAUAUUGCUGGAAUAAACUCAUUUAGUUUGGCAUAUAGAGAGAGAUCUCUUAGCAUAAGGUACUGCCAUAAAACUUGACCAUUAAAUCAUAAAAUUCA